UGAUGAUAAAGUUUGGAAGAUGUUCACGGAGGAAGCUGAAUUGUCCAGGGAUGAAGCAAAGGAGCUGCAUGAUUACUUCAAGCAACAUAGAGCAAAUGAAACAGCAGAAGACAAAAUAAUGCUCCAGGAAGACAACCUGGCUAGGAAGAAGUUUUUGGAAGUGUUUCCGAAGGUGAAAGCAGAAAUUGAGUCAUGUAUUCAGAAACUUCGCGCCCUUGCCGAAAGGGUUGACAAGGUGCACAAAGAUUGCACCAUCUCCAAUGUGGUGACCAGCUCCGUUGGUGCCUUCUCUGGAGUCUUGAGCAUCUUUGGCUUGCUUCUAGCACCCUUCACAGCAGGAAGCAGUCUCCUGCUCUCAGCAGCAGGGUCAGGGCUGGGAGCAGCAACAGCUGUAUCUGAUAUUACCACUACUGCCAUAGAACACUCAGACACAUCCUCAGCUGAAGCAGAAGCCCAAAGCAUCCUGUCAGCCAGUGAGGACAACAUGAAGAUUUUGCUAGAGGCUGAAAGUGAGCCACUAUUCAAAUAUAUUAUAAAACGUGUGACAUUCAGAAGGAACAUGAAAGCCAUGGUGAGUAACAUCAUCGCACUCAGGAGAGCUCUAGCAGAUCCAGCGUUAGCACGAGAUGCCAUGCGCUUCACAAGCACUGGGGGACUCUCAGCCCGCAGGACUCAGCAGGUAAAGCGGGCAUUUCAAUGCACAGCCCUAUCAAUGACCAAAACAGCCCGGCUAGGAGCUGCAGGUGUAAGAAGUUUAUUCCUUGGGCUUGAUGUGUACAACAUUGUGAAAGAUUCACAGCAUUUGCAAGAGGGGGCAAAGGCACCACUAGCUGAAGAGCUGCGGCGGAAGGCUCAGGAGCUGGAGGAGGAGUUGGAGGAGCUCAACCAGGUCCUAGCACUUUGUAGUUAAGUCUCACUCAGUCCCACAAGUGAUACAUCGGUAAGACCACAUGUUAGGGACAGAGGCAGAUGCACACAUUGUACUAGAAAGACCAAAGGGAUGAGAUGAAGACCAUGCACCUGAGCAUUAAGGAGUUUGCCAUUUUUGUUAAGUGGCCACAGCAAAGGAGGGAUUAACACAGAUUAUAGUUUGGCUAAGAGAAGGCAAGAUGCAAGGAGCUUUCCACAGGAGAAAAUGAAUAUACAUA